CUUUCCUGUUCCCUGUUUUCUCAUGCUUGGAUAAGGAAAAAGCGCUAACAAUUCAAAAGCGUGAUUGUUCAGUUUCUCUUUGAGAGUUGAGGCCAGUAACACGUUUCUGACACGGGAAUUUCCCUCGGUUUCUGCAGAAGGACAAGAAGUUGAGUGCUUGAUCGCUGAGAUUUGUGUCCAAUGGCAGCAAACCCAAACAACAAUUCCGGCACGUCGUUUCUGCCGGAGAUCGGGCCGGACGGCCUGGCUCGGGAAUCUCCGGUCAUCGCCUACACCGAGAAGGUAAUUGAGGAAGAGCAGCUUCAGUUGAGGAAGUAUAUUGAAGAAAAUUACUCCAAGAUUCGCGAUGUUGAACGAGAAUUAGCAAAUCUCACAAUGGAAAUGAAGCUUACAUCUGGGCCAAAGAAAGCUGCACUUGAACUCAUGCGAAAGAAAAUAGAAAUGUCAACAGAAAGAAUUCGUGUUGCUAAGCUGAAAGAAGAACAAGCCAAAAAGGCAUGGGAAGCAGCUUCAAAAGCUGUGAAGGACGAGGAAGCUAUUAAACAGAAGCUUUGUGAAGAUCUAAAUAAUCUGGUUAAGGAAAGUAGUAAUGCCCAGCUUUCGAGGCUGGAGGAAUUGAAGCGCCGGCUAGAGGCUCUGAACCCAAGUAGAUCGUCUACUUAUGUUCCCUCCGAUGGGAAUCAAAGGCCAGCACAGGCUAGCACAAUCCAAGAUUCUUCUGCAGUUCCAAGUACACCAGAACCAGACGGUGGAACAGUGGGAAGUAUAGUUACAGAGGACAAUGCUAGGAACUCUCCUGUUAAAGGCCAAAACCAACAUCCUUCUACUGAUGGGGACGGAAUAUGGAAGAAGAAAAAUACUACAUAUAUUCAUGGAAAAGUACGUGGAAUAGGAGCAGUAUCUAAGGUUCGAGCUCCUGCAGCACCUGGUUGGACUGGGGCUGGCUUUGAUGUGGACGGUAGAGGUUGAAACCAGCACUCUGAGAAUAUCUUCGUCCUGUACCUUCUUGGCAUAUAUCAUUUCAAGGUGGUGAUCUUGUCUUCUCACUGGAGUAAGGUAUUGGUUUCUCAAUUAAUUCUUCACCCGUCAAGACUUUUGAACCUUUCAUGCAAAUAAAUGCAUUGCUUGCUCUUCAAAUUGUACGCCACGCAGUCCUGAGUUGUACCUCCUAUCAUCUUCAACCUGCCAAAGAAUGGAAACUGGGGAACCCAGGGAUUGGAGUCCUUAAUCCUUGUAAUUGCCCUAUUCUGCAACCCCUUUUUCUGCAUUUUGACAGAACUGUAGCAGGUAAAAAAUAUCGGACUUAAAUUCCCACUAUGCACUUCACCAACUUCUUUCAGCAGUCCAACUCCCACAAAAUGAUAGCCUUGCCCAAGAGAGGGCGACAGUAUCAUUAAAUUUGGGUCGUCCGAUCAGACGUUUUCCUGGAUAUCCAUCAUUAAUCUUGACCUAUUGCCAUUUGAUGGUUUUUGAUCAAACAGUAUACCACCAUGU